AUGAACAGAUCGGAUUUCCUCGGCCUAUCGAGCCAAGAACCACAUCGCGUGGUAUCUUUCCCCGCCUCGCAGUCGUUGCACGCGUCUACCGCGUCGGCCCCUGCCAUCUCCACAGGUCUUUCGCGCCUCGACGAGGCGCUGUGUCCGUCGUCGCCUGAUGACUUCCCAGGUCUUACAGGCAAAGAAACCAAGGGAAUCUCCGAAGGUCAUGUCACGGAGGUAUUCGGGCCCCCUGGGGUCGGGAAGACCGCUCUCGCCCUCAGCAUCGCAUCAAAUACACUCCGAACCGGAGGAAAGGUCGUCUGGAUCGAUACGGGCUCUCCCAUCCCCAAAACCCGACUUAGGGACUUCCUAACCUCACGCACUCCCUCUUCCUCAUCCCCAUAUCCAUCUCCCUCUAACACUAACCCCAUCCCCAACCUCUCCCAAAACCUCUUGUACAUUCACACCCGCACCCUCCCACACCUCCUCUCCCUACUCUACCACCCUCCUUCCUCCUUCCCACCCCCCAACAUAACACUCCUCGUCAUCGACUCCAUCUCCGCCCCCUUUCAGCCCUACUACCCCGCCCCAUCAGAUCUCAAAGCCCGCCUCUCAACCACUCGCACCGACAAAUCCCAAGUCUCCUGGCUUCUCAACCGCAAAUGGAGCGUUACCAGCGAUCUCGCCGCCCAAUUAUCCAAACUCGCCUCCACGCACCACAUGGCCGUCCUGGCGCUGAACCAGAUACAUACGCGCAUCAAGGGCCUGCCGCAAGCGACGCUGACCCCCGUUGUGGCGGGCGGGGGGUGGGAAGCGGGUGUGUUUGCUCGGGUGGGGCUGUAUCGGGAUUUUGUGCGCGAGGGAAGCCAGUAUCAGGGUCGAUAUUCUGGGGGUGAAGAAGAAGAAGAAGAAGGGGGACAGGGACAGACGACGAGUAGGCUGAGGAGGGUGCGAUUUGCGGAGGUGAUGAAGCGGAACGGGAAGGCCGUGAUGGUGAGGAGGGAGGAGGAUACCGUGGUGCCGUUUUUGAUUGAGCUGGAUGGUCUUCAUGCGUUUGAUGAGCCUGGUUCUUCUCAUAUAGUCUCAACGGCGCAGAAACCUGGCGAGGCCGGGAAUCUCAUUCCAGACCCGGACGAAGGAUCAACACAAACAUUGAAACCAGAUCCAGAGGAGGAACUAGCAGUGGAACAGAAACCAAAGCAAGAGCAAGAGCAAGAGCAAAUGCUCCAGAAUGAAGGCCAGCAAGAACCCACAGAACCCCUAGACGCUAAAGCCCGGAAACGAAAAGUCGAUGAGAUCGCAGACAGCCAGGACGAAGAUGACUCGGACGGAGAGUUCGGGUGGAAUGAAGACGACGAUGUGGGUUUAUUAGAAAGUGAAUAA